GAACAAUAAAAAAUCCCAAGAUGAAAUCACUCUUGAUAUUUAUGAUAACCCUUUUCUUCACAAAUGGAAAAUUUGUUUACGACUAUUGUUCAAUGAGACAUUCUUAUGAAGUCCUGGAAGAAUUAAAGUAUGAAGUAUUUCCUGUUCUCGAAUUAUAUGACAUCCGCACUGAUAUCGAGAAAUGUCCUCUGUUUAAUGAACAAUUAGUGCUAACUUACUUCCAAAAUAAGCUCAAUGUGACUGCUGGCCUUGAGAAGUACGAAGACAAAAAGCAAUGAAGAAUUUGAAGCAAGAGAUUUGAGACAGAAGAUUUCCUCGAGUUCCACUGGAUUGUCAAGCAUACUCCUAACCAGUAUGGAAACCAAGGAUAUGAAAGUGCUGCAGAGAAAAAGGUGGAGACUAUACCUAAAGAUCUAAUAUACAGAGGAGAGAACCUCUGCUUAGCAGACUAUUGAGAUAUCUUUGAAUGCCUUGAUCAUCCUGAGAUGGAGUUAAGAAACACUGCUUACAAUCAGAGAAAUUAUAAAGGGUACAGAAGAAAUUAUACUGAUCCUGAUUCCUCUGGAAAGCCAAUGAAGAGAACCUCAAAGAACUAUAAAUUCAAAAGUCAAGGUUAUGAUGAAUUUGAUGAUAUCGAUGAGUUUUCCAUGAGAAGAUUCUCUGAAGAAGAGAGAGCAUUCUCACUUCAAAAAUGAGUCAAUCUCUUGACAAACUGCUUGGUUGGUAACAGUAUUCAAGAGAACAUAAUCACUGCUUAUGAUAUUCUGUAUCACAACUAUUGUGAGAAGUUUGAACUCACUCCUCAAAACGAGAGAAAAUAUGCAAAGGCUUAUAGAGAUUUCGAUAUCAAAGAAGGGUUCUAUCAUGUAACUGAUAUGGAACGAGAACAGCUCCAAAAGAUUCUCGAAUCGGGAAUGCACCCUCAUUUACAGAACAAAUACAAUAAGGAGGAGGAAGAACAGUCUGUACUUCAUAUCUUUAAGAUCCUAUUUGGAGUCCUGUGAUUCAUUGGAACGCUUAUGUACUACGUUGCUGUAUAUUUAACCAAGUAUGAUCAUGGAGACUAUUAGAAAAGAGAUGUUUCAAUA